CCCCGAGGCGCAGGGGGUGAUCAGCGGGGUCGUGUUCCUCAUCGUGCUCUUCUGCUUCAUCCCCGUGCCCUUCCUGAGGUGCUUCGUGGAGGAGCAGUGCGCAGCCUUCCCGCACGAUGAGUCCCUCCUCUCCAUCUCCUGCAUGAUCUUCCUGGGCUUCGCUGAUGAUGUCCUCAACUUGCGCUGGCGCCACAAGCUGCUGCUCCCUACCCUGGCCUCCCUCCCGCUGCUCAUGGUUUACUUCACCAACUUCGGGAACACCACCAUUGUGGUGCCCAAGCCCUUCCGCGUACUCCUGGGCCUGCACCUGGACCUGGGUAUCUUCUAUUACGUGUACAUGGGCAUGCUGGCCGUGUUCUGCACUAACGCCAUCAACAUUCUGGCCGGAAUUAACGGGCUCGAAGCAGGACAGUCGCUGGUGAUUGCCGCUUCCAUCAUCACGUUCAACAUUGUAGAAUUAAAUGGGGAUUAUCAAGAUGAUCAUAUUUUUUCUCUCUACUUCAUGAUUCCCUUUUUUUUUACAACACUGGGGCUGCUUUACCACAACUGGUACCCAUCGCGAGUCUUUGUGGGGGACACCUUCUGCUACUUUGCUGGCAUGACCUUCGCUGUGGUGGGGAUCUUGGGACACUUCAGUAAAACAAUGCUGCUUUUUUUCAUCCCGCAAGUGCUCAACUUCCUCUACUCACUGCCUCAACUCUUCCACAUCAUUCCCUGUCCCCGCCACCGGCUGCCCAGGCUCAAUCCUAAUACAGGGAAGUUGGAGAUGAGCUACUCCAAAUUCAAAACGAAGAGCCUCUCAGCACUGGGAACAUACACUCUGAAGGCAGUAAAGGUCUUGCACAUCGUCGAUGUGAGGAGCGGACUGGAUGAAGACGGCGAAUACACCGAGUGCAAUAAUAUGACGCUUAUUAACUUUGUUAUAAAGCUGACUGGACCCACGCAUGAGCGCAGUCUCACUCUCCUGUUGCUACUCAUCCAGGUGCUGGGCAGCAUAAUUGCAUUUUCAAUCCGAUACCAACUAGUGCGCUUGUUCUACGAUGUCUGACAGGGCUGCCACGAGCAGAGGAAAGAUUUGCAUCUUC